CUUGGUUCUUCUAUUUUCAAAUACCUUCCAGGACAGCUACCGAGGAAAUGCAAAUUACCACCAAAGAGAGGAAGCUGCGGAAAAACAUUGGAAAGGGUUUACUACGAUCCCAACAAAAGAACAUGCCUGAACUUCAUUUAUGGAGGUUGUGGUGGCAAUAAAAAUAACUUUGCCACUCUAAAGCAGUGUCUUCACAAGUGUAAAAAAUUUGAUCUUGCGUUACCCAUGGCAAACAUAACUGGAAAUAUUGAUUGGAAGAAAUUUACAUCAAAGAAAUGCAAAUUACCGCCCCAAAAAGGAUGGUGCAGAAAUAAAGUUAUUCGAUUUUAUUACGAUUCUAUACUCCAUCGGUGCAGAGAGUUUUUUUACAGAGGCUGCGGAGGCAAUGGAAACAGAUUUACAACUUAUUAUGAAUGUGUUAAGGAAUGUGAUGUGUUUGGAUACCUUCCAGUAUAAGAAAGAAUUCCUGAACUCUUCAAAGUACAGACUGUUUGAUCUAUGUUGUGUGAGAACGCAUACAUUUUGAAUAAAGUAUCUUCAUUCCAUGCUA